AUGGCCGAACCCGUCCCCGCCAGUCUGCGCCACGCAGACAUCACUCGGUUCAUCAAUCGCGCCAACCAGUUGCGCGAGGUGAAGCCCGCAGUCACCUACUGGUGCGAGUACUGGGUCGUCAACCAGAUCCUCUCCAAGCAGCUGCACACUACGGACGAGGAGAGCCUCAACUAUACCACAAACUUGAUGGACCGCCUGGAACAAACAAAAGCCGAGCAUGCGGCCGAUGAAGCCAUUACAGAUGAUGCUGUCGGUCAGGCUGUCGUGGAGGAAUUCGCUCAGCACACUUUUUCCAGGGCCGAGAGGGUGCUCAAGGCGAACAAGGUGUCAAGACAAACCGCCGACACCUUCGACGCCGCGGCGACUUUCUUCCAACUCCUGAACAUCUGGGGCCAACCCGACGUCGAAGCGCAGAAGAAGAUCAAAUACGCCAAGUGGAAUGCGGCUCGGAUACUCAAGGCCAUCCGGGAAGGGAAGGACCCCAACGAGUCGAACCCGAAGCAACAAGAGGCCGAAGCCGAUACCGAUCUACCGACUCUCGAUCCCAACGAUCCCGAUGUUCGGGUGCUGGAUGGGGCAGGAACCUCACGAGGAGCCACGGCUAAGCCUGCCACGGUGGAGGACGAUCCGGAUACCGAGUUUUACACGAACAAAACCCCUUCCGCUGCCGCUGCCUACGCCAGCGUACCAACACCCCCGGCCAAGUCACCUACCCAACCCAGUCCCAGCGCACCCGGUCCAGCCGACCUCGGCACGGUCCCCACCGCAUCUCCCGGCUACUUCCCGCCCACCGUGCCGUUUGCACCGUCUCCCGUAAGCCAAACCGCUGCAAGCGACAUCCACCUCCCCAGCGUCCCUUCAGCCCCGUCACCAGUCUCCAGGUUAAACUCCCCGUGGAAUCAACCUCCGCCCCCUUCUUCCGGCGCGGCGACAGCUCCUCCACCGACUUCAGGCUAUUACCAACAGGCACCACCGCCGCCUCCGGCUCCGUCUCAGCCCCAGCCCCAGUCCCAGCUUACGCCGCAAGUCCACGUACUUCCGCCAGCGAUUCAGCACAUCCCCGUCACGGCUCCCGCCGACGCCUUUUCGACGGUCGAGGGCGAUAUACCGGGGGCUACCAAGCAUGCGCGGUUUGCCAUCUCGGCUCUGAAUUUCGAGGACGUCCCCACUGCUAUCAAGGAGCUUCGCGCUGCGUUGACGGCACUUGGUGCGCGGCCAUAG